CAUGUACCCAGUUGACAUUCCAUGAAAAUUUCCAAGGCAUCAUUUAAAUUAAAAAGAAUUGAAAUAUAGUCUAAUACAUUGAUAGGGAUUCAAAGGGAUAAAUUAAACACAUGCUGUGAAAUUUGAUUGUCAUGAUAUAUACAGUCCUUUCAGGCCUGUUGAUGCUUCUUGUGCAGAGGUAAGAUAAAGAGAAUCUUGAUCUAAAAUUAGAGGGACGAAUGCCUAUCUAAUAGCGCCAUUUGUGUGUAGCUAGCUGGGAAGUAGACAGCUUCACAAAACUCAAAUCAGCAUUCUCGCUUAUGAAAAUUGUUAUUCCUACAAAAGUAAACAAAAAGCAACAAAUUGGUAAACAAGGAGAUGCCAUGUGCAUUUUUCAUGCAUCUCAAAGUACGCACAAAAGGGUUAUUAGAACCUGCCAUGUUCAGAUACCAAUUCAUGAAAUAGAAAUAAGAACCUAUGUAAAAGGCAGAAUUAGCCUCUUUGGUAAAUCAGAGAAAAAAGAGUUUAUUGGAAAACCUUUGUUACUCCCAAACAAAACAUUGCUUGUUUGAAUGUUGCUUCUAAGGCAUAACUGUUUUCUUUGGUCUACCAGGGCUGAUAUUUGUUGUCUCUAUGAUCUUCCAUGCUUGUUUAGUGAUGAGAAGAUGACGGCCUAGAUGACCCAGACAUCCAAUCAUGAGAUCAUGUUGAUUUCUGAAAUUUCACCAUUACCACAAGAUGAUGGCUGUGUGUAGAACCUGUUUAUGGAGGUGUUACUGGGAUGGACCUUUGAUUGACGGCAUGGUUGUAAUUUCCUAGAAGUUUCUCCUAGAAAACAAACUUCUAGAGCUCCAGCUUCUUAUCUCUAGUUUGGAGAUUUUCUGGGAGCCUUUUUUCUUAUUCUUCUUUUCUUGUUCAUGAUUAAAGCUAUCAUCCUUUGAACCAUUAAGGUAGUCAAUUACGUAGGCUUGGCAAUCUUGGUCCCUAUUGUACCAUUUAUGGCCAUCAUUAUUUGUCUACAGCAGAGCAGAUUGCUACUACUAAAUUAAAGGUCCUGAACUUGC